AUGAUUUAUCCAGCAUAUGGUGAUAUUUAUCCACCAACAUAUGUCUGUCUUUCUUCAGAUUGCCCCAACUAUCAGAUGGGUGUGUUAACAGACCCAAUCACAUAUCAAGCAACACAAUUCACCCUUCAGUAUGGUGUAUUGCCCAUUUAUACCACAUCAAUGUAUUGUUGCAAGUGCUUUCAAAGAUAUCAUCACAACUUCAGUGUUCACAAAAGCACCAAUACACAAACUUACUAUUAUGGAGUUCCAAGUACUAUUCAAGUGGCCACCCAUUUCUUUAUUGAUACUCCAUUGUUGGAGUUGUUUGCAAAUGCAGAAGCAUUUGGCUGGUUAUCCAGCAUGAAUUGUGCACACAUUUACAACAUUGCCUUGGCACAUUCCAAUGCCUACAUUCUCAAUAAUAGGCAUGCAUUUGCCAUGGCCCCAGAAGCAGAGCACAUGGGCAAAUCUUGGCCUUGUUCUUUGCAGAUGCAAGAUGAGAAUGUCCUCAAUGGUUUUUUCAUCUACUCUCUCCUUCUUGACAAAGCUGAAAAGCAAAGUCAACUUAUCCUUGAAAUGGAAGGUAUAUAUCCUCAUGCAUGUGACAAGUGCUUUGUUGUACUUGAUAAUGAACAUGGGCAGAAAGUCAAAAUUCAGGCUGCUGUAUGUAAUGGUAAUACAAUUGGCCAUCCAUGCUGUGCAGUACAUGACUGUAAAAUGCCCCUGUACAGUCAUUGGCUCCAAUUUUGCUCAGAUCAUCAAAAUCUUUGCAGUAUCUGUGCAGAUGAAGGAUCAAAGACAUUUCAUAUUGUGGAACACAACAAAUUGGAAGAGGCUUACUACAAGCCUGCCAAAGCAUUAUUUCAGCUUCAUGCACAGCUAACAAGAGCUGGUCUUUCAGUCCCAUCAGAUUCAGUCAUUGGUGAUGAAGGUGAAGAUGUUGGGGAGGAGUCUACAGAAUGUGUUGGGAAAUCAGACAAGGGAAAUGCCUAUUGCCUCAAAGCUAGGUUUGGUACACAAUGCACACACAAUGAGCAGCUUAUUAUGAGACCAUGUGGCAUCAUUCUUGCCUGGGCAACAUUCUAUGGCUCAGAGGCAAUAUCAGCUGUCAGUGAAUUUGCAAAGGCUGUGUUUCCAACCCCUCAGUCCACACCAGAAUAUUUCAUUUUUGAUAACAACUGCAAACUUCAUGCACACCAAGAAGCCAAGCAAGAUCACCAUUUCUCUGAUACUGCAUUGCCUGUUGAUGUCUUUCAUUUCAAUUCCAAACACAAGGAGACUGACCUCUAUUGUCAACAACAUUGCAAUCCAGCUGCAUUUCCAGAUCUCCUUGAAAAUGGAAAAUGGCACUUCAACACUUCCAUUUGUGAACAGACAAAUGUUUGGUUGGGUGGAUAUCAAGCCAUUUUACGCAAUAUGACAGUGCAUAGGUACAACUUCUAUUUGGAUGAGAUGAUCAAAAGACAAAAUCAACAUGUUAAUUCAGAGCUGAAGAAAGCAGGAAUUCAUACAUGGUUGUUACCCAUUGCUGCAUUAUAG